AUGGAAUACAACAGAUCUGAACAGGAUCAUAUAGAGAACGAUAAUCUUGGUCUGCCGCCCGACGACGACUCCAUCUCACUGGAUGCCAGCAAAGAAGACGACGACGAGCUGGAUCUAAUCAGGCGAGUACUACGGACCACAGGGGGCAUACAGCUGACUCAUUGGAUCCAGGAUUCUUUACACGAACGGACUUUCCAGACCAAGGGCCCCACGAAUCGAUUUGUGUCACGGCUGGAUCUUACAAAUGGGGCAGUCGGGUAUCUCUGGAAACUCCUGAGGCGAGGAUUGGAAGAAGGAGAGGCGUGGGUGGUCACCUCCCUUGUCGGCGUAAUCAUUGGUAUCAGCGCUGCCCUAAUAUCCAUCAUCACAGCAUGGCUUUCUGAUAUCAAAAUGGGUUAUUGCACGACGGGCUGGUGGCUAUCUCGGAAAUUCUGUUGUCUUGAGGUGUCAGGAGAGAUGGAAUCGUGCGCGGAAUGGCGGAAUUGGGGAGGAGUGGAACCCUUUCGAUGGAUGGCAUAUGUGCUCUUUGCAGCAUGCUUCUCAUUCUCAUCUGCUUAUCUGGUUAAGAACUUUGCGCCUUAUGCGGCAGGGUCUGGUAUAUCCGAGAUCAAGUGCAUCCUGGGCGGCUUUAUCAUCAAAGGGUUCCUGGGUGUUGAGACAUUCUUCAUCAAAAGUCUUACUCUUCCGCUGGCGAUCGGGUCAGGGUUGGCUGUUGGGAAGGAGGGGCCGUCAGUCCAUGUCGCUUGUAGCGCCGGUAAUACCGUUGCUAGACUAUUCAGUCGCUAUGAGCGUAGUCACUUGAAAAUGCGAGAGAUCGUGACGGCGUCAAGUGCCGCCGGCGUGGCUGUAGCUUUUGGUUCUCCCAUAGGAGGUGUCUUGUUCUCGAUCGAAGAGAUGAAUCAGACAUUCUCCAACAGGACCAUGUGGAGAAGCUUUGUCUGUGCCUUGGUUGCCACAUUCACCUUGGCUUCUAUGGACCCUUUCAGAACGGGGAAACUAGUCUUGUUCAACGUGUCUUACGACCGCGACUGGCACUACUUUGAAAUGCCUGCCUACAUCCUCAUCGGCAUCUUCGGCGGUCUAUAUGGCGCCUUUGUCAUCAAAUUCAACCUCCAAAUGGCCGCCUUUCGUCGGAAGCACUUGGCAAACCACGGAGUUGCCGAGGCCGUCAUUCUUGCUACUCUGACAGCUAUCUUUGGAUACCUGAAUAUGUUUUUGAGGAUCGAUAUGACAGAGAUGCUUGCGGUUCUGUUCAGGGAAUGCGAGGGAGGCGGUGAUCAUGAAGGCCUUUGCCAGACAUCGUCCCAGUGGCGUAUGGUCAACUCAUUGCUCAUGGCCACACUAUUGCGAACCGUCUUCAUCAUCCUCUCCUAUGGCUGCAAAGUGCCUGCUGGUAUCUUCGUUCCCUCUAUGGCUGUCGGGGCGACGUUCGGGCGGAUGGUGGGUAUUCUGAUGAAAGCAAUGCGCACCUCUUAUCCUUCUGCACCUUGGUUCGCCGCUUGUUCUCCCGAUGCUCCUUGCAUCACUCCGGGAACAUAUGCUUUCCUGGGAGCUGCGGCAGCGUUGGGGGGUGUCACGAGAAUCACGGUCACUGUCGUGGUCAUCAUGUUUGAGCUUACUGGAGCCUUGACCUAUCUUUUGCCUACCAUGAUUGUUCUGCUUGUGACGAAGGCCGUCAGCGAUCAAUUCGGUGGAAGAGGCAUCGCGGAUCACAUGAUCAGGUUCAACGGCUAUCCUUUCCUGGAGCAAGAGGACAAAGAAGAUCCUGCCGACCCAUCUUUCAUCGAGCCCAUUGCCAAUGUCAUGAAACAAGACUUGGUGAUCAUGGAGGCCACUGGUGUUCCCCUCCAACGAGUUGCCGCGAUUGUUCAAGAUACCAGAUAUCAGGGCUUCCCAGUCGUCAGGAGCAACGAAGACAGGACUAUCGUCGGAUUUGUUCGAACAGACGAGCUGCGUUUCGCUCUGGAUAGGGCGCGACGUAUUCGCAACUUGUCUUUCAACCCUGUGUGCUCCUUCCAGUGUACUCUGGCCAUUUCCGCGGAUGCGCAUGAGGCAUUAAAGCGGCCCGAGAUCGUCAUACCGCCGCCACCCUCCGAAGGGCUGUCGCUGGAUACUGGAGCUGGGAUGGGACGGAGAGGGAGUGGCGUCGAGAUUGAGCGAAUCGAUUUUGGGCAGUUCAUCGACGAGACACCUUUAACCGUUUCACCCAAGAUGCCGCUGGAGAUUGUCAUGCAGCUCUUUAGAAGAAUGGGCCCUCGAGUGAUAUUGGUAUCCAAUCAAGGGCAACUGGCAGGACUGGUCACUGUCAAAGACGUCCUCAAGCACGAAGCUGCCGAAGUGGUACACCGCUCUCGAGCAACGCCUGUGACAUCUUCCAAUCCCAGCUACGGAAGGCAUUCUUCAGAUCUCAACGGUGGAUGGGAGCCGGAUUGGGAAGCCGGGGCAGAGGACACUGGAAAUGGACUAGAGUUCAUACUGGAGGAAAGCCUGGAGUGGGCCAGCACGAAAGCGGCGUGGGCGUACGGGGCAGCUGUGGAGAGUUGGCGAGGGAUCAGAGGCCGUAAUACGCGAGAAGGCGCUUACGACUUCGAGCUGACCGAGGAAAGGUCAUAG